AGCGCAGAUCUGUCUAUCUCAAGCUCCUUGCUGCAUCACAUUUGAUACCAUGGCCCAGGCUGCUGCCGUCGGAGCCCUUCUCGGUGCCAGCACCGCCUUCUUGGCACCCAGUGCCGCCCCUGCCCCUGCGCCUGCCCUCCGUGGUGCCCCUCACAGCUCCCGCGACUCCACCGGCCCUGGCCUUGCCGGUGCUGCAGGUGUUGGUGCGGCAGCACUGGGGCUGGGACUGCUGGCAGCCCGUCCGGCGGCUACCGCGUGCCGCGCGGCCGCGGUGAAGAAGAAGGGCGUGAAGGUGGUGCACGGCAAGGAGAUCCCAUGGAACCUCUUCUCCCCAAAGGCGCCUUACCAGGGAAAGGUGGUUGAGAAUGACGUGCAUAAACAGACCUUGACCGAACCCACUGGCGAUGCCAACUGGGAGACGACCCAUGUGACCUUCGACCAUGGAGGCAAGGUUCCUUACAUCGAGGGCCAGUCCAUUGGUGUCAUUGCGCCGGGACCUGACAAGAAGGGCGAGCAACCUGCCAAGAUCCGCCUCUACUCGAUCGCCUCCUCCGCUGUGGGCGAUGAUCAGACCUCCAAGACAGUCUCCCUGUGCGUGAAGCGUGUGGUCGAGGUGGAUGGCAAGUUCGCCAACCGUCAGAAAGGUGAGGACAAGCCUGAUAAGGCGGGCACCGCCUACCCCGAGAACCAGGUCUACCGCGGCGUCUGCUCCAACCACAUCUGUGACAUGACCCCAGGCGAUGAAGUCUUGAUCACUGGCCCCACGGGUGCAGAGAUGCUGCUGCCAGAGGACCCCGAGGCAAACAUCAUCAUGUUGGCCACUGGUACUGGCAUCGCACCCAUGCGCUCGUAUUUGAGGUUGCUCUUCCACGACAAGGCUGGUGCAAGCAGCGAUGGCGGCCGCAAGUUCAAGGGCAAAGCGUGGCUCUUCAUGGGUGUGCCAUAUUCCAAGUCCUUGCUCUACGAUGACGAGCAUCAGACCUACAAGAAGGCCUUCCCGGACCAGUUCCGCUACGACUACGCCGUCAGCCGCGAGCAGAAGAACGCUGCGGGACAGAAGAUGUACAUCCAGACCAAGAUGGCCGAGUAUGCCGAAGAGCUUUGGGAGAUGAUGCAGGAUGAGAAGACUCAUGUCUACAUGUGUGGCUUGAAGGGCAUGGAGAGUGGCAUGGCGGAGUGCUUCGGCCCCAUUGCCGAGAAGAACGGCCUCGUGUGGACUGAGUUUGCCAAAGCCAUGAAGAAGGCCGACCGGUACCAUGUGGAGGUCUACUGAGCCUCCGCAGAGCGACCGUGAGCGAAGUCGACUGGGCAGCGUCUUCUGAAACAUGGCGGGAGCCAGUUGAGUGUCUUGUUGGGACCAGCUGAGUGUCUUCUUGUUGGGGUAGUGUCUUCUGAGCCUUCUAUUCUUGUUGGGAAGUGAAGUCAUCAUGCGACCGCUGCCUACAUGCCGAGGUAGGAUUGUAUCCUCGAAAGGGCUCUUGUGGUGAACAGUCCAAUCAUGUUGUCGAACAACAGCAUGUUACCAAUUCAGCUGCCACUCCUAUACAGUUGUGUCAAUAUAUGAGCUGGAUUCCCACAGUGCAUGGGAGUGGCAUGGGAAGCCUGCUCACUUAGCUUGUGGGCAUGGGUGUUCAGUGGAAUAACGAC